AUGUUUUCAACCACUGGUCUCUUCAAAGGCAUACCAUGUCCCGAGGGUGAGAAGUGCAGCAUAAUUCACUGCAUCUUCUCUCAUGAGUUGCGACCUCAAGCCACUACUGGUUCGGAAGAGGCUCACGAGAGCGCAUCCAAGAAGAGAANNAAGUUGAAUCCAGGAACCGAAUCAACCACAAUACCUGCCGUUUCUGUCACUGUCUCUUCUGGUAACACCGCCAAUGGCUUUGCAACAAAUGGAUCCACCACAAUCAAUCAACAGAAGCCCACGACGCCCGCUCCAGCUCCAGCUCCAACUCCGCCUAAGAUCCUCAAGACAUUGCAAAGGCCAGUGAGCCCUCCUCUCAAGCCGCCCACUGCAUCAUCAAAGCCCGCUCCUGCAAAGUCUGCUAUCAAAGAGUCUCUGAAUCCUCGCAUGAUUCCCAAUGAUCCUGCUGGUCAUGCAAAGCGUACCUUAUUCCUCAAGCAUCUUCACGCUGAGAUGGAACGCUUGAACGCUGCAGUUGCCAAAGGCUCGCACGCUAAGAAGGCUGCCUUGACCAUGACGUCUAACGAACUCAUCAAGGUUGCUCUGGACGAAGAGGAGAAGACGGCGCGAGAAAACCACAAGAUCUAUGCCAACGUCAUCAAGAUGCGUGUUGCGGCUCUCAAGAAGAUGGCCAUUGAUGAUUGGAUCGCCCACGUGAUUGCAACUGUCAAAGUCGAUCUACAGGAAAGCCAAACCACAUUGCCGCCACCGAUCAAUACUGGUUUGCCUUUGGGGCAGGAACACAUCGUUCUCCCUCAUCUGAUAACCGACCAGACCAAUCUAGCCAAACACGGCUAUGUGCCUAUACCACCGACUGAUAAAGAAAUCGCCGAUGCCAAAGCCGGUGUGGCAGCUUCCCUCAACUAUGAGGUAUGCGAUCGCUGCAAAUCCCGGUUCAAGGUGUUCGAAGAGCGCAGAGAAGAAGACGGUGCUUUGACAACAAAUGGACCCUGCACUUACCACUGGGCCAAGCCCUUCACACCCCGACGUGAGAAGACAGAUGCCAUCAAGGGCCCAAAGGAGGCCAUCUAUCCUUGCUGCCAGGAGUUACAAGGCACUCCAGGUUGCACACACUGCGAAACGCACGUCUUCAAGGUCAGCGAAGGCAAGAGACUCGCAUCCAUUCUUCCUUUCAUCAACACCCCAGAGAACCGCAAACCCGCCAAAGGACCUGAUGGAAAAUCGCCCAACGCCGUCACCUUUGAUUGCGAAAUGGGCUAUACUGUGUGUGGCCUCGAGCUCAUUCGCCUGACCGCAGUGUCCUGGCCAGAAGGCUAUUGUCUGGUUGAUGUGCUCGUCCGUCCUCAAGGCACUAUUCUCGAUCUCAACACUCGCUGGUCGGGUGUGACGCCGGAAAUGUAUAGCUCUGCUGUACCGUAUGAGGAAAAAGUGGCCAUGGAUGCGCUAUUGCCACCUCCGCCACCUGGCAGCUCUGCCCCUCUACCGCUUCUCGAUGGUCCCACUGGCGGUCCACUGCCGAUCGUCUCAAGUCCUGCCGCCGCAAGAGACCUCCUGUGCUCUUUCCUCACCCCAACUACCCCUCUAAUCGGCCAUGGCAUCGAAAACGACCUCAACUCUACUCGCCUGUGUCACCCUACCAUCAUCGACACAAUCAUCCUAUUCCCACAUCCUCGUGGUCUACCCUUCCGAUUUGGUCUCAAGAUGCUUACCAAACGCCAUCUCGGCCGUGACAUCCAGAUGGGAGGAGCCUCUGGCCACGACUCUCUCGAAGACGCACGCGCGACAGGCGAUUUGGUUCGCUUGGAAGUAGGACAAAGACUCAGGAGACUGCAAAGAGAGGGCUGGACUCUGAACGACGGUGUUCUGAUGCCACCGCUGCCUGGCGGUCCACCUCCAGUCGAGGAAACCAAGGCUCUUGGCGCUGGAUCAGGUGUCAAAAGACAGAGGAUUGAUGUCGAGCAGCAAGGUUCAAGUAAGAAACUCAAGGAGGGAUGA